UGCUGCGUUCACCAGCAACUUUGAUGUAUGUUGCUUGAAUUUCCAGCAUCUGCAGAAUUCCUGUUGUUUACAGAACUAAUGGGUUACCUGAUACUGCAAAAUUCAAUGUUUUAAAUUCAUUGAGUUGUAGACAAUACUAGGUGUAAUACAUAAUAAAUUAAUCGAGAACUGGUAUAUCAAACUAAUAACUUCAUACCUUAGUGUAAUGAAACUCAAAAUUAUAGGGUACCAAAACAAUUGUGAAAGCAGGCACCACGAAUUAAUAGGCAAGCGCCAAUGGGAAGAGCUAUACAUCAAAAGGAAAAUCAUAUUUGCAGGGUGGUUGUUAGCUAUCAGACUUCGAUUUUCCCAGAGAUUUUAUAUCCUUGCACAAUAGAUGCAUUCUAGAUAUGACCACAAAUAGGUUAUAAUGAAAAUUAAACUGCAGACAAUGGAAAUGUAUACCAUUUUAGGAUUGACGACAGCUGUGGUAUUUAUGUGGGUGUGCGUUUAUUACGAACGUUACUGUUUUGUUUUGCUGUAAUGUACUUGUCACAGCAAUACUUGGACUGUUUAUCCCAGCCAGCCCAAUUCGCCUUGCCGCUGUACGAUGUGCUCAGCUGCUCGUCUGGCCCGGCUCUCGCGCGCCGUGCCGCGCCGGCCGGCCGGCCGGGGAGCGAGCGCCGUGCGUGCGCGCCUGCGCCCUGCGCGCGCCGGAGUGACAGGCUGCACUCGGGCGGACCGGCCGGAGAGUGGCAGAGCCGCAGAGUUUGCGCUGGCUGUAUAUUAUUUUGCUGAAAAAAUUCCAAAUCGCUGAAACGAUUCAUUUUGUCAAAAUAUUAAAACGAGAAACCACCCUUCCGUCCCCGUCCCGCUAAUCCUUCCUUUCUCGUUCCAUCUGUCCCAAAUAACGAACGCGCCUGAGGUGGACAGUUGUUCACCAUCAGAGGAGCGGCAGCAACGACGACGGCUCCAAGAUGUCGCAGUUCGUGGAUAAUUUCUGGGGGGAGAAGAACAAUGGCUUUGAUGUUCUUUACCAUAAUAUGAAACAUGGUCAAACAUCGACAAAGGAUUUGGCAGACUUCAUUAGAGAGAGUGUCACAAUAGAAGAUAUGUAUUCAAGGUCGAUGACCAAAUUAGCCAAAACAACAAGUAAUUACAGUCAGCUGGGAACGUUUGCACCAGUGUGGGAUGUUUUAAAAUUGUCCACUGAGAAAUUAGCUGGUAGCCAUUUAGAUCUUGUUCGAAAACUACAAGAAUUAAUUAAAGAAGUACAGAAAUAUGGAGAUGAACAGACCAAGGCACAUAAAAAGACGAAAGAAGAGGUGGCUAGCACUUUGGAAGCUGUACAGAACAUUCAAAGUAUCACUCAAACACUGCAAAAAUCUAAGGAAAUCUACAGUGCCAAAUGUUUAGAGUAUGAAAAGUUAAAAAAGGAAGGAGCAACACAGAAAGAAAUAGAAAAGGCAAUUGUAAAAUCUAAGAAAGCUACAGAAACCUAUAAAUUAUAUGUGGAGAAAUAUGCAGUGGCAAGAACAGAUUUUGAACAAAAAAUGACAGAAACUUCACGGAAAUUUCAGGAAAUUGAAGAAGCUCAUCUUAAGCAUAUGAAAGAAAUAUUGAGUUCUUUCACACAAUCUAUAGAAGAAACUCACAUACAGAUUGGACAGGUACAUGAAGAAUUGGUACAGAAUAUCGAGAAUACUACAGUUGAAAGUUUGAUACAGAAGUUUGCUGAAACAAAAGGCACUGGUAAAGACAGACCUGGUUCUGUUGAAUUUGAAGAAUGUAACAUAACCAAUGCUUUAGAAGGGGUCAAGAAGACUAGAAAGAAAACUUUUGGAAUACCUGGACGAAUGAAAAGAGACAAAGAUACAGAUUCAGUGGAAUCUCCAGAUGCUGAUUCAGUUAAUAUGCCAGAGGUGGAUGAGGAGGGUUACUGUAUCAAGCCAGAAGUGAAUCAAACUAAUGCCAAAGAAAAUAAUUUUUAUUCAUCAAGUGAUUCGGGUUCUGAUGAUGAGGAACCCAAAAAGUUCCAUGUGCAAAUUAAGCCCAUGCAACCAAACAAUGAUGCAAACCACACAUUAGAAGAACUGAAAGCUUCCAUUGGGAAUAUUACACUUUCUCCUUCCCCAUCUAGGCACAGUCCGAUCGCAAUGAAAAGAAAUUUAUCUAGUGAAGAACUUGUUCGAGCAAGAUUGCAUGCGCCAUCAUCUGAUGCCAAACGGGUCAGCAGUGACUUGUUUUCAUUGGAUCCAUUGUUUGGACCUCCUCUUGAUUCAUCAUCUUCAUCUACAUCAACUACUUCAUCAGGCAGCAAGAAACCACCAAUUGAAGAGAAUGACACUGGAAGUUUUACAUCCUCAGCAUCUCAACCUAUGGAUGUUAGUUUAACGCCUGUGGUUACUCAUUUAAAUAAUGUAUCACCCCCAGCAAGGCCUACCACCCCACUAAAUACAGGUAUGAUUGUGCCACCGCCACGUCCUACAUCCAGACCAAAGCUUUCAACAACAAAAUUGGGCGGAAUCAAUGAAAUCUCCAGAUCAUUUAGUCCUACAUCUUUGUCCACGACCAGUCCACCUCCUGUAGCCCCACUGGCGCGUGCUGAAAGUUCAUCCUCAAUUGGGUCCUCCGCUUCUUUAAGUACAGCAACGACACCAACAGUUGGUACGUCUCGUGGACCCAGUCCGAUAAGCCUUGGGACACAGGAUUCCUUACCAGUUGCAACAGCAUUUACUGAGUCAGUUAAUGCUUAUUUCAAGGGAGCAGACCCAUCAAAAUGCAUAGUCAAAAUCACUGGUGAUAUGACCAUGUCCUUUCCAAGUGGAAUAAUUAAAGUUUUUACCAGCAAUCCAUCACCUGCUGUGCUCAGCUUCAGAAUACGGAACACCAAUAAAUUUGAGCAAAUCCUUCCAAAUACACAGCUUGUGUAUAGUGAUCCAUCACAGAGUGACUCGAACACAAAGGACUUUUGGAUGAACAUGCAAUCACUCACUGCCUACCUCAAGAAACUUGCAGAACAGAAUCCAUCUUCUUCCUACUAUAAUGUGGAUAUCCUAAAAUAUCAGGUAUCCUCAAAUGGUAUUCAGUCAACACCACUAAAUCUAACUACCUACUGGAAAUGCGGUCUUACCACUACAGAUAUUCGAGUAGACUACAAAUAUAACCCUGAAGCUAUGGUAGUUCCCUCUGUGCUAUCAAAUGUUCAGAUUUUAAUGCCAGUUGAUGGUGGAGUUACCUGCAUGCAGUCACUGCCUACAGCCAUCUGGAAUCCUGAACAGAAGAAGGUCUUAUGGAAACUGCCUGAAAUUUCAGAGAAGUCAGAGAAUGGAGGUUCUGGAUCCCUCCGAGCCAAAUUUGAGGUAUCUGAAGGUCCUACAAAACCAUCAACACUUGCAGUCCAGUUUCUUAGUGAAGGUUCCACACUGUCAGGAGCAGAUGUGGAGCUUGUCGGCACUGGUUAUAGACUUUCCUUGAUAAAGAAGAGGUUUGCUACAGGUCGAUACAUGGCAGACUGCUGACAUUUCCAUCUAUACAUUUUGCCUUAAUGAAGACAUGGUAUUUGUUUUGAUGGUACAUUUAUACUUGCCUUCAGUCACAAACAGCAAGGCGUACAGGAGUCAAAUGAUGGACAAAGAAUAUUUUCAAGGAUGUGAACAUUUCUAUAUCAAAAUUCUGCCUUUUGCCUUUAUUGGUAAUUGUUUUGAGGAAAUUCUUACUACACAAUUUAAAAUGCACUUUCUUUUAGAAACAAAGCAUCAUUUUUUGGGGAGAAUAAGUUGUAUUUUAUUAUGUUAAAUUAGCACUGAUGUGAUUUUCAACACUGUUUAAUUUUUUUUGGAAACCUGCAAUAUUCGGAAUAUAUUAAAUAAAUGUUUUUGAAGACAUGAUUUUAUUUAGACUUUAAUGAAGUCAAACCAGUGAUCAGUAGAUAUGCUGAAAAUGUAAAAAUGUAUAAUGUAUAUCAAACAGUUUUAAGUAUAUCCAGUGGAAGAGCCAGCAUUAACCAUUUGCCUUCACUAUGCUUGUACUACCCCAUAAGCUGAUACAUUUUACAAAUUACAAAGUUGUGCUAAUUGUAAAAUUAGCUUAUUUUGCAAAAGAAUUUGUUUAAAAUCAAUGGCAAAUAUACGUUGUAGUUAUUUGUACUUGUGAACAUGAACUGAUUUAUAGCUUUUCUGAUUCUAUGUUGUUUCUUGUGCCAUACAAACAAGUACUUUCUGAGGAUAAUAUUGGUCAGUUUAAAUGGUGGAUACUUCAUUAUUGUAAUUCUUACACAACUGGUAAUUAAUUUAACAAAUGCUUUUGGGAUACUACUUUACACAAGUGAAAAUCUUGGAACUAUUGUUGUAUAGGCACACUACUCCUGGAAGCCUUGUAAUUAAUUCUGGAACAGUGCUGCAGACCAUUUAGUUAUCUGUGCAUAAUCUGCUCUUUCAUAAUGAAGAAAUUAAUACCACUGGGCAAGAUAAAUACAGUUACUUCUGUUUACAGUGUAAUUAAUGAUCAUAUUCCGCUACAAUGGAAGUAUCACUAAUCACUGUAAACUAAAAUGAUCUACCAUUAAUUGAGAUAAGUUGCAUCACUUUUGUUCAUUUGGUGCAUUAUCUUACUGUGAAUUUAAUGCUGUUAGUAAACAUGCAAUAAAACAACUAUCGAUGGGAGAGAAUGAAGUGACAUAGUCUUGCAAUUGAUAAUUUAGGUACCGAUAUAAAAUUUCAAAUGGAAGAUAUUUUUGGAAGCAGCGUUUUUAUAUAUUGGGUGUAGGAUUCUGGGUUUUGUUAAACUGGGAGUGCCUGGAAUUUAUCUGUCUUUUUCAAAUGUACUUGUAUUAUUUCAGAAUUUAAAUAAAUGGCAUCUAGAGUUUCAUCAAGUCACCUGGUCAAGAAAAACUGGAAGUGUUUUUGUAUCUUGUAGAGUUUCAGGUCAGAUUAUUUUACUUUAUUUGGAUAAAAGCCUUUAACUACCCCAUUGCCUAGAUUUGCUAAUGUUGGCUUGAAUCUAUUUAUCAAGGCUAGCUUUAAAAAAAUAUGCAAGCAUUUUUAUUAUGUGCCAGUUGGUUUUUCUUAAUGAAAAUUUAUUAUCUAAACUAAACAUUUUUAUGUAUGAUAGUGCAAACAUAUGUAUAUAAUUAUACUAAAAAUCUUUAAAUUCUUUUGUAUUUGAAUUUAGAAGGGAAAAUUGAUGUAAUGCACCUGCAUUCGUUAAUAAACAGUCUGUUGAUUAUGUUAUUCUUUUUGCUAGGCAAUUUGCAAUAAACUGCCGCCAUUGAAAUUGGAAACAUUUGCUAAAUCUUUUAUAAGAUGCUCAUGUUUUUAGUCUGAUAAAUAAUACAUCCACAGUUGAACAAGUGACUUGCUUCAAUGCUUCAAAUCAGCAUGAAAUGCACUGUCAUAAUGAGCAUGGUCAACUUUAAACACUGUAAAAUCUUAAGAUAUAUAAAAGAUAUUUAGUUUAAGACUUUCAAGUCAAGAUUAUUUGUCUUUAAUCUAGAAUAUAUAAGAAGAAGAACCAAAAAUCAUUGGUCAAUCUUUGUAUGUUUUAAGUAGUAAUGCUUCUUAAUAGAUUAUAGGUCAUCAUUUAUAAUUAUUUUUCACAAAAGUGCAGGGAUUGUGACAUACGAUGACACAUACCUUCUACAUUACAGAAUUUUAUAUUUCAUUUUUAACAGUGGCAGAGGAGCAUUUGCUAAAUUUGAAUGUUAUUUGGCAGGAAUGUAUUUGUAAUAAUUUUUAUGCCUUCUCAUUUAGAAAUAAAUGCACAAAACUUUUAUGCAACAACUUUUUUAUAAUCUUAGUACCGUUGCUUGUGUAAACUGCAUGAAAUCAAAAGAAUAAGUCAUUAACUAUUAUAUAUUAACUGUCACAUUAAUUUGAACUAGCCAUGUUCAUUAAAACCAUAUUAACAGUAUAGAAUGCGAGGGGGAAAAGGCUAACACUUUGUAAACUAACAGCCCUGACAUCACGAAUUGGAAAAUUACUUAUCACUUAUCAAGUAUAAAUGUCACAAUACACAGCUUCAUGGUUGUAACUCUUCUAAUAAUUUAUUGACAAAUAUACCACCUGGUAGCUUCAACACAUGUAAGCCUAGAAAAACUUCAUUUCCUGUCGUUGCAUGCACAAUGUUGUGUUAAUCAGUCUCUUGAAAGACACAAUCUUUAAAUAAUGUAAUUGAAUCCAUAGAUUAACAACAAAUAAAUUAUAAAUGUGCAUGUGGUUUUUCAAUGAGCAAAGGCAUGUGAUUUACUGUGCCUCCUUUUAUUUGAAAAGCUGGCUUGCUUUGUCCGGGAUCAUAUCUUUAAUAAUAACCACUUGAAUUAGGUGCAUUCUGGUAUAAAUUCCUGCCUUUAACAGAGAGAGCAGAAAGACAUAGUUUGAAUAUUCAGAAUUCAGGACAAUUUCACUUUUUGUUUCCCCCUGCAUACUUUGAGAAUAAGUGGUAUGGUAGCGUUGCGGUUUGUGCGACGCUAUUACAACGCGGGGCGUUCUGGAGUUCAGUUCAAUUCUGGCGCUGUUGUGUAAGGCGUUUGUAUGUUCUCUGUAUGGAAUGUGUGGGUUUUCUCCAGGCACUCAGGUGUCCUCCCACAGUCUAAAGAUGUACUGGUUAGUAGGUUAAUUAAUCGGUCAUUGUAAAUAUUCCCGUGAUUAGAUUAGGGUUGGUUGAGUUUGUCAGGUGUUGCUGGGGUGGCAUGGCUCAAAGGGCCUGAAGGGCCUUCUUCACACUGCAUCACUAAACAAAUAAGUUGUUAGAUGACCUGAGAACUGUCAAAUCCCACAACCACAAAAACGUAUACAUCAAACCAUAAUCAAAUUUUACAUUCAGAUGUAGUAUUUUGCAUUUUACCAAAGAAAUACUGAAUGGUGAAUUUCAGAUACUGAACGAAAAUGUGCCAGAAAAGGAGUAGUAUGUUAACCAAUGUUAGUGACCAAAUUACCCAAUAAUUUAGCAGGUUAUGAAACUCACCACAUGCUCUAAAUCUCCAAAACUUGCUAGUUGAUAUAGUUAACACAGAUAACGUAGCUCUCUUUGCCUCCCAUAUUUCUUAAAAAUUUAGUGGUGUAGAAAUUAGUUGCCAAUGGAAUACAUCAGAGAGUUUAAUUUAGAAAUCGGUGAAAAUAUUUUUAACAGGUUUUGAUGACUGUCAUCAAUCAUUCUCGUACAAAAUGCAAGCAGCAAAAUCAGCCCCCCCCCGCUACUUUCUUCAUGCUUGAAAUCCAAUCUUUUUUUUCUCAAUUCACUUUUCUUUUUUAGACGCUUUGGCUCUAAUUCAGUCUAUUUGCCAAUCCUUAAAUCUCAUUAAUUAGUGAAAGAUAUUACUAUUAUUCAUGACAAUCCCAGAUAUUUUGUUGUGCUUCCCACCACUUUGUUUAUAGGAUGUAGAAAGGUAUUUCUGCACUCAACAAACAUAGGCUGCAUAUUUUACCUUACACUGUAAGCUUUGAGCUGCCCUGUUUCAAUAAGUUCCGGUCCUUUCAGUUCAUAAACUCAAGAACUUUGUUUCCAACCAAAUAGGACAUAUCCAAACAGAUUAAUUAUGAGUUUUUAAAUUGAAAUAUACCUACUAAUAUCAUAUAAUCCUGGGAAAGAUGAGUGUGUGCCAUUAUAGAUAUAUAAUUUUGUAAGAACAAGACAUCAGCAUCCCAAUGACUCAGAGGACAAAUGCAUCUUUUAAUAUGAAAAUAAAUCAAUUAAGAAAGACUUAGCAUAGAAAAUGUCAGAAAUCUUCAGUGGGUCACACAGCAUCAGUGGACAGACAAUCAGAAGUCAGUGUUUCAGGUCAACAAUCAGUCACCUACAUUGUUGACUCUUUUUCCAUAGAUACUGUUAGAUUUGCUGAGUAGUUGCAAAACGUUCUGUCUUUUGUUCAUUAUUGGCAGUAUUUUGUUGCAUUUAUGUAGUGCCUUUAUCAAAUUCAAGGCAGGACAGCACAAAGCAUUUUUCAGACCAAACAGGCAUUUUUGAGGACUAUCAUUUUUAUAAUGUAUCAGUCUAUGCAUAACGUAGUCCCACAGACAUAAUUUUUAUACAAAAACAGUAUAUUUCAGUAAGCGAAAAUCAAAAGAUUGCAGACGCUGGAUAUAAAACAGAAAAUGCUAGAAACAGCUGUCAAAUAGAAUUUGUGGAAAGAAACACAAUUAACAAUUCAAGUGUAGACGUUUUGUUAAACAUCCCAAGUGUCUCCCAUGUUUUUAUUUACAUCUAUUUCAGUACUUUUGGUUGAAGAUGUAUAUUAGUUACAAUACCCCUGGAACUCCAGUACUCUUCCUUGAAAUGAUAUCAUGAGUUUUUUUUGUGUCUUCCUGAAAAGAUAGGCAAGGCAUGUCCAUAAUAAUCUAUCUUUUGGGCUUGCAAUCCUCCCAUCAGUUUUGGCUAAGAUUUUGUUUUCAUAUCUCUGGAAUGGAACUAAAACCCACAAUCUUUUAACUCAGUGGCAAUCUCAGAAUUGGUUAGAUUUGUGUUCUCUGUUGGAGAUAAUUACAACUGAAGUAGUAUUUGGACAUUAUAUCUGACUUUAUGGAACAGUCAGGCAGUGAGAAAAGUUUCCAAGUGGAGCUGUCGAAAUUCCUGCUUCUGCUGACCCUUUUCAACAGAUAAUGCUAGUGAUGAUGAAUGGGGACAGUUCCAAAGGGAAUACUUUGCUGACACAAACAGUCCUUGUCUCAACUAAUUGGCAAAGAAUAAUAUGUCAUGAAAUUUGUUGUUUUGCUGCAGCAGUGCAGUGCAAUACAUUAAAAAACUAUAAAUUACAAUUAGAAAUAUAUAAAAAGAAAUUGAGUUGUGCAAAUAGAGAGUAAAAAUAGUAAGGUAGUAUUCAUGAGUUGGUUCAUCGUCUGUUCAAAUAUCUGAUUUUAGAGGGGAAGAAGCUGUUUCUAAAAUGUUGAGUGUGUAUCUUCAGGCUCCUGUACGUCCUCUCUGAGUAAUGAGAAGAAAGCAUGUCUUGAGUGUUGGGGGUCUUUAAUGAUGGAUGUUGCAUUAAGAAUACAAGGUGUGAAAGAACGUCACUCUUGUCUGACUCAAAUCAAAGGUAAUUUUGCUUGUAGGCAAGUUUGAGUUGAUUUAUUAAGAAGUAACAACAUUUAACUGAAAUUUUCAAGUAAAGACCAUUUUGGAAGAUUGUCCCUCAGUGCUUACAGAACAAAAAUCAAUAUGUUUGUAGGUGUUAUGGGGUUGAUGCAGGAAAGUGAUAUUGAGUUAAGGAAUCAGCCAAGGUCUAUCUGAAAGGCAGAGUAAAUAUAAGAAUCUGAAUGGAUUCCCCCUGCUCCUAUCUUUUAUGACCUUUGCUGCUUGAUUGGAUCCAGAGCAGCUAAUGUUUGGAAAAAAUAGGUUUGUGCUGCAGGAUGAACAGGGCAUCUACUCAACAUCCUGUCUGAGAUACAGUCCAGUUAUUAUAUUGUCAUGGUAGCUAUUUGAAUCUUGUAUAAAGAUGAGUAUUUAUUUAAGAACUAUUCAGAAUAUUAUGUCCUAUUUCCUUCAGUAGCAUAUUGUUAGAGGCUAUUGCAGAAAUAAACAGUGUGCCAUUUGGAAACAUGAAUAAUAAUAAAAUUUAAAUGAUUACAUGCUACAAUGAGGUAUAUUGUACAUUUGGGACUAGAUACUUGCUGUAAAUACACUUGAUCAAAUACUGAUAAAUGGAAGUUGUUUCAUCCAGUAUAACUGAAAUAAAACAUGGGGUGGAAUUUAUUUUCAUGGAAGAAAAUCGUUUUGAACUCGUGCUAAGUAAUUUUAAUUUAAAAUAUAAAUGCCAAAUGUGAUCAAGCCCAUUUUGCCUGAUGCACGUAGUUUGUAGCCGGUCCUUGUUGCGUAUGAUACGUACAGUACAAUAAGAAGCCACUGGGAUUGCAGUGACCUCAAAUAGCUCACUGGAUAUGCUUUAUGUCACUUUUUCAAACUUUGCAAUUCUAAGGAAAACAUGGUAGGAGCCAUUCAUUCCCGAGGUAUCAAUUGAUGAAUUGAAGAUGCCUUCUACUUUAAGUUCCAAGUUUUAGCUGGUCUGACCAGGAAGUUUUAGGAAUUCGGCUCGUGCCCAAUAUCCUUCAAAAAAUAUUUUGGCUUUGCUCACAAACCAUCCUACUAAUCCCUUGCUGUCCUCUAAUUAAUGACCUAGUCACCACCACCACACCCCAAACCGCCAUUUAUUGCUUUUCCAAACCUAGCCCGUUAUCCCACAAAUUUGACCCUUCCUAACCAUGAUUCACAGAUUACCUGAUUUGCUUGAUAGUAAAUUGCAGAUGAGAAGUGUUCCUGUGCACAGAAGAACAUUGCUGCUAGUGAGGUGGGCCAUGCAGCACUGAUUUAACAUGACCUCAUGGCUCAGUCUGUAUUAUACUUUCUGUUAUGGAAUAUAAAUUAAAGUUAAAGCCAGCUGUGAUGGCAAUUGAUUUUUGAAAAAUCCUUGAAAGUAACCUGAACUUUCAGGAGUCUUGCUAAUGAUGUGUAAAAUUUUAUAAUUGGGAUUCUUGUCUAUUCUACAAUUGGAUAUAUGUAGUUUUACUUAAGUAUCUAUACUGCUCAAUUAUGUUAAUAUAAACGAUUCAUAACGAAUAUGUUAAAUGAAUGUACUCUAAAUGGAACAAAUAAGUGAGCAUAUGAGAUCAGGAAUACUAUCUCAAAGCUAUUAAAGAAAUAGAUCUACAUCAAAAUGUGUCAGGGACCUGUAAUCUGUUAAGUUUUUUUAAUAUAUUUAGCAAGCUGGUUCUUGCUUCCUUACACAGUGAUAGCCUUUUUAAGCUCCCUUGUGCUCAUUUAAACAAAUCUGUGAACUCUUAUAAGAAAUGAGUUUUAAUAAAAAUCAAAUUACUUUUCUGGUUUUUCAUAAUGCAGAUUCUAUGAAUGUAUAUUGUUACUUGUCUUUGAAAACAAAUAAAUACAUAAUAUAUACAUUC